GAAUAAAGCGCCACCUACUCACAAAUCUGCUCCGCUUGAAGUGUGCCCCGGGUACCGGCCCCGAUGAUUUGACAAAGCCUCUCACAAUGUUACUGUUUAGUUGAUAAAAGUAAUUUGCCCUAAUGAUACAGCCCAGUACAAUUGGGCCUCUCGUAGCGCUCUGUGGCCUCACAGUUCUCGCCUCCUUCGGGCUUGCAUCAGAUUGGCGCACUCCUAAGCUGACGGAAUGCACGUUGCAUCCACAAAUAGAAGCGCGGAUCCUCAAGGAUGUGUCGUUCUGGGGCGACGCGGGCAUUGCCGAGGACGUUGCGCUGUCGGUGUGCGCCUUUUGCGACCUAGACACACAGCAACAGCAGCAGCAGGGCCGGCAGCGAGACGACAGCAACACGCAGCAAGAAAAGGAGAACUGCAACAAGCCGCAGCGGGUGCUGAUACAGAACGGCACCGUGUACCUCAAUAACCUGGUGGCCUCCCAGUACCUGGGCCCGUUUGAGCACAUUGGCUUCCUGGUAGAGCUGUACGAGGCCAGCCAGGUGUACCAGUUGCCAGAUGUGGAGUUCACAUACUGGUUCGGCGACAACGCGCCCUCCUACACCAUGAUCAAGGAGGGCAGCGGCGACACCACCUGGCCCUGGCCGCCCAGCAGCAGCAGCAGUAGCAGCGACGGCAGUAGCAGCGACGGCAGUAGCAGCAGUAGCAGUGGCAAGCGGCAGGCUGUGCCGGCGGUCCUGGCCUGGAGCAAGUGGGACGCCAAUUCGGCCCUUGUGGUGCCGUACUCAGGCGCGUUCAGGUGCUCGGCUGACAGCUGGGACUCCCUAGAGGCUCAGCUGGAGUCCCUGGCAGCCGUGGACUGGGGGCAGCGGACAGAGGUCGCGUUCGGGCGGUGGAACGGCUUCUGCACACACUACAUUCACUGGAUGAAGACGGCGGACGGGGAGGUGAUGAAGUGCCCCCGCACGCACCUGAACUCCAUCUCCGCGGCCCACCCCGACCUGAUUGACGCGUACGACCUGUCAAAGGGCAAGCCCGUGCCACUGGCUCAUCAGAACAAGUACAAAUACAUUGUGUCCACAGACGGCUGGUCCAUCAGCUCCAAGUUUGACAAGUACCUGCUGUUGGGGAGUGCCGUACUCAAGGCCGCCUCCACGCGCUACGGCUUCUACUACGACGCGCUCGUGCCCUGGACGCACCACCUGCCCUUCAUGGUCAACAGCAGCGGCGACAUCGUGGAGGUGGUGCGCUGGGCCAAGUCGCACGACGCCGCCGCCCGGGCGGUGGCGGAGGCGGGCCGGCGGUUCGCGCUGCGGCACCUGGCCCGCCCGGCGCGGCUGUGCUACCUGGCCCGGCUCGUGCGCGAGCUGGCCCGGCAGAUGCGGUACAAGCCCAGCUGCGCCAGCCGGCAGCUGUGUGUGCCGCUGGUUCAGGAGCUGCGCUUCCUGGCCGGGUACGAGCGCACACGCAAGUCGUGCCGGUACGCCGAGGUCCUACUGCGGUACGGCGAUCAGGACCCCGCAGCCGCCCUGCCCCUGUCGCAGUCCGCCCAGCCCCCCGCCGCCUUCCUAGCAGAUGCCACGUCAGCGGCGGCUGCAGCUACAGCAUUCGGGGCAACACCGGAGCCGGGGGUUGUGGGUGGGGGCGGUGUGUAUGCCACGCCGCCGCGGCAGCUGGAGGUGAUACGGCGGCUGCACGAGGGCGGCGCCGCCUGGCCGCGUGACGACACAGCGUGGCGGCAGCAGCAGCAGCAGCAGCAGCAGGGACAGCAGGGACAGCAAGGGCGGAGACAGCAGCGGAGGUAGCAAGAGCGGACACAGCGGAGAGAGCAGGGGGUAUAGCAGGGGAGAUAGCGGAGACAGCAGCGGAGGUGGGAGCAGCAGAUACACGGGACCAGCGGUGGCCGUCCACACAACGGCAGAAGUUGAGGAGCAGGGAGCAGCACAGGGCGGUGAGCGCUGAGGGUACGCCAUUCAUGGCAUGGCAUCCAGGUAGGAGGAAGAGGAGGAAAUGCGUGUGUAGCCAGGCACCCAGGCCUACCCAAGGCUCCUGCAUGUCAGCAUGUUUAUGUGGAUAGGGCCUGAUGUGUAGGAUCAGGGCAGCUGGGCAGGUGCAGGCAGGCAAACCCGUCGAACCUUGAGGAGUGUGAUGUACGGUAUCGGUUGGGGCUGCAGCGCGGCAAGCAGCAGAGACAUCGAAUACCCAGCAGGCGUAGUGCAGCGGGGUGUGUGAGGGCGCUGGAAGUGAGCCGGUGGCUUGGGCGGGGAAUCAUUGAGUCUUGAGGAGGCGAAGGCACUGUUGUUGGGCGGGGUCAGCUCUAGGCACCCUAGCUCCUCACUCCUUAGGCCGGCUUCGACCC